UCAUCUCCAGCUGUCAGUUGACAAGAUGUCGUGUUGGCGUCCAGAACAAGUUGCGCUGCUGCUCUGCUCAGCUGUUGCCCUGUUGGGCGUCCAGGUGGCAACCGAAUUAUCAGCUGCAGCUGGACCUGGAUUGGGCAGUCCGCAGCAGCUGGAGCUGAAGCUGAGCGCGCUGCGUGUGCAUAAGCAGCUGCUGCAGGCGGAACUGGGUCGGAUCUAUAUGGAGGCAUUCACGCCGGAGACGCCGCUGCUGCUGGAGGAGCUGCAGCGGCGCCAGCAGGAGUUAGAGCAACAGAUCGAGACACUGGAGGCGCUGAGGCCGGCCAACAAGGUGCAGCAGGAUGCGCAACAAUUGGCGCUCAGUUUGGCCGCUGACUUUCAGUUUCUGCAGCACAAACUGGACGAGCUGAAGCAGCAGCUGGAUGCACUGCAGCCGAACAGCAACGGAAGCAGCACCGGAACUGCCAAGCAGCCGCUGGAGAUGCAGCGCGAUGUGAUCAAUAGCACGCCCAAGACACCGGUUAGCGCCGGCUCCUAUUUCCUGACACCCUUGCUGGCCAUGCCCGAGCUGCCCGGCGCGGGCAUUGCCCAGCCGCCGGAUCAUAGCUCGCCGUCGCUCAUUAAACGUCUGCUGGCCAUGCUGCGACCCGGCGGCAGCAGCACGACGCCAACAACAAGCCAGGUCUCGUCCGGCUUGCGGCGUGGCGGGCACUGGCCGGACCAGGGCGCCGGCAAGAAUGUCCAGCUGCUGAGCGCCGAGGAGCUGCUGCCUCAGCUUCAGCUGCAGCGCCAAUUCCUGGACGAUGCCAUCAAGCGCCUGGAGCUGCUCGCCGUCAAGCCGAACGACAAGUUCUAGAUAUUUAACUCAAAUUA